GAUGAGCAUUCUCAACGAAGGAAGGAAUGAAAUACGAUUCAACAAUUCAAAUAGCCAGUGUUUGAUUGAGAAUUGGGUUGAGGAGAGAGCCGUGAAACAGUUUGAUGAGGUUGAAGAUGAUAUAAAUAUAACAAGUAGUGCUCAGAAAUUCAGGGAUGGACAUCUGGGAGUAUUGACCACUGAUUUUGAUGCCAAUGCAGAGAAACUGACCACUGUCCGAGCAUCCUACAAAAGGCCCGAGCCGUGCGGAGUGAGACUCACUGGGAAAAAAGAAGAACUUAUGAAACAGAUGCUUUUAGAGAAAGUCAGUCAAGAAGUGUUCCAAGAUGAUAUAAAUCCUCCAGAACCAGAGCGCACAGAUUUCCGAUCAGUGACAAUGAAAGAUUUCAACAAAGAAGAAUUUAAACAUGUGAAACCAGCUCCUACACGGCCACAUGACUAUAGGAAAGACCAGCCAGUCAGUUUUUGGUCAGAACACAAAGAUAGAAUCACGGGUGUCUCGCAGGUCAAGACUCGUGACUCACCAUUUAGGAAAAAUGAUGCUUUCUCCAAGCCAAUUGAUGAGUACUGGGAUGAAACUGGACCAUAUGAACUAGAAAACUACCCAAAGAUGUAG